AUGCACUUCAAGUUGGUAGCUAGUCUGGCUGCCCUGGCCGCCAGCCAUGUCUCCGGUCUCACCCAAAUCAGCGACGAUGAGAUGAACUCGCUUCUCGAUGCCGGCGGCGUGGAUCUCGCAGACCGCUACGCACCCAUGUGGUUCUUCGGCCAAGCUCAGAACCAACCCCCUUGCUACCCAACCUGGGCCUUUGGGGGCUCACCGGAUACCGCCGAUGUAUACGAUGAUGCGCACAAGACGCCCGCAGCAGCGCAGUGCGAGUAUCCCGAUGUCGGGUGCAAUUGUCGCAAUCCGGGCGUGGGUAUUGGGAAUCCAGGCCCUGCGUUCCCGGUGUAUUAUACAUACCAGAAGUGCAAUGACAACGAGGUGCGCGUCGUGUAUAAUCUUUUCUAUGAGAAGGAUGGUGCCACCUUUGGCUCUAUCCAGACUGGACAUGACUAUGACUGGGAGCGUGUGGUGAUUAUCCAUUCUCGUGAUGGCAAUAACAUGUGGGCGCCAUCGAAGGCACUGCUCUCUGCCCACAGUGGUUAUAAUAACCUGAACUGGGGUGAUAUUCAGAACACUCUGACUACCGACGAGGUCAAUGCCGGCGACGCCAGAGAUCCCAAUGGUGUGCAGAACAAUGACCACCCUAAGGUGUAUGUGGCGUGGUCAAAACACGCUAAUUUCGACACUCGUAAUACUGGCUGGAAUGACCCGGCGAGUCAGUCGCUGGACCAGGCCUUCCGCAGCCAGGAUUGGUGGCACUAUGUUGCACCUGAGCACUAUAUUCGAAGCGAUGAUAGUACGGAUGCCGGGAAGGCCCUUGGGUCUGCGGACUGGGGUAACGCAACUAGUGACCCUAUCACGGUGCAGGCUGGCGUUUGUGAUGCUUCGUAA